AUGUCUGCCAUUCGCAAGUCCACGAUCUGGCUUGCUUGGCUAUUCUACAUCGGUUCAGUCGUCGGUGCGUCCUACAAGUUGUCAACGAUCCCGGUCAACCCGACUGGCAACGAAUCGGAGGGGGACCACAAUGUCAGUGAGCUUCUUGCCAAGGAACUGGUGGGUGAGAUGAAGGACUUUGACGGCAUGCCCGAUCCGAAGGAGAAGGGCGAGCAAGGCGAGAGCGCGGGUGAGCUGGGCAAGAGCUUGGAGUUCUUGAUGCUCAAGGUCGCCCAGCUUGAGACCCUGGCGGAGCUGCAGCAGACCGAGCUCGGGAUGCAUCGUGCGCUGAUUGAGAAGCUGCUAAAGAAGGUUGAUCCUGAUGAAGCAGAGAUCUCACUGGUGCAGAAGCAGAAGAGUUCCGAGCAGAGCGUGCAGGAAGCCCAUGACGUGCUGAAGAGGGUGGUCCAGAAGCACGCUCACCAGCGGAAGCACGGGGAGUACCAUCCGGAGGCCAAUAAGCAGAAGCCGGGCCCACCUGCAGAUGAAGAGGAGGAGCUGCAGGAAGUCGAGGAGGCCGUGAGCGAUCCCGGACAACAGCGGGCCUUGCUCCAAAAGCGCGAGAGCUUGAUUCCCUUCGUUCCAACACCAGGCCUACGGCGCCGAAUCGAGCACAAGAUCGAGAGAGGAGUCAAGUACGUGCACCAGGGCGUCGAGCAUGCCGUCAAAACGGUGGACGGUACCGGACUCACCGGCGGCGCCCUGACCGAGGCCUACAAUGCCGCCAAGACAGCAGGGAAAGGCAUCGAGUUCGUGGCGAACACUGCUAUUAGCACCGUGGAGAUGGCCGUGUCGAUCCUAACAGGAGGCUUCAGCGACUGGAGCGCAAGUUGCACCAAUAAUCUUCCAACUGUUGGCAUGAAUGGCGGCGAGCUGUAUGUCGACUUUGGGCACAACUCCUGCUCCAUAUCCCUCAUGGGUCAAAGAGUCACGCUUUUCGAUUGGAAUUGGGGGAGGAAAGCAGUAAAUCUCAACAAAAUCGUCGAGCAGAUCCCUCCUCUGAGCUACCUGACCCGCAUGUCCGACAUCCUCACUGAGGUCAUCGAGGUCUUUGCCAACGUAGCCGGGACGGUUGUGCAGAAGGCGAUGGAGAAAAGCACCUCCUUGGUGCAAACGGCUGCUACAUCCAAGUUUCCUGCUGCUGGAGAGCCGCGCAUGCUGCACCACAAAGGCAGCAACCUUAUCAUCGAGUCGCACUCGCAGCAUGUGCCAGCUCGUGGUGACAGGCCUCCUCAAGAGAUGGCUGCUAUGCAAACAGAUGCCCGACAGUCGCAGGCUGGCGACGACCCCGAUGGUGCCAUCACUUUCGGCAUGGGCAAGAGCGAUGACGUGCACGCCACGAAGCUCAUCACCCAGUUCAAUGGCAGGGAGACCGACACCAGCUCUUGCUUGGCUUUUGCACCCAAGAACCGGAGGGGCGGUGGAGUAAGCAAAGAAGACUGGCAGGUUGGCAACCAGAACGAUUUCCUCCAGCUUGAGCCUUGGGCCGUCCCCUGUGACAACACUUGGAUGAAAGACAACUGGAACAGGUGGCAGGGCUACACGUUCUACACUCAGCCGCAGGCCAUCGAGAAGUGCGUCACCGUGACCUUCAGUCUGGGAAUGCAGCCUGUCGUGGCCUUCGUCGGCGGCUUGCAAUUCGAGAUCUUGCCGAAGCCGCUCUUCGAGCUGGGCACGACGGUCUGCUGGCCGAACCAACAACCGGGCGGUGUUGACUUGAGCUUGUUACGCUCCGAGGUGAAGUCUGCGGGCAUCCUGCUCUUCAGCCGCACCUUGCGCCUGACCAAGCGUUUCGGGGGUGGCACUGACUUCGUUUCUUCCAACUACAAAGGUGGCUAUUCGACCUGGCGGACCAAUGUCGGCAUCGCCAGCGGAGAGACCUCGGUGCCGAAGGACCAACUCCGGCGCACCUCCUUCCUGGAGACUAACCAGAGCCACGGGCAAGAGUCCGAGGAGGAGGAGGUGGCCGAAGAGGCCGAAGAAGAGGCCGAGAUGCAGUGGAGGACGGACUCGGAGGACCUGUACCUGGCGUCCGUGGACUACGGCGUGAAUUUGAACACCUCUGUCAACAAGACCUUCGAGGCUUUCGGCGAGGAGGCUGCAAUGCACAUGGGCACCGAGAGGGUGGGGAGGGAUGUCUUCAAGCUUUUCAGCUUCAAGAACCCGGGAUUGGUGAACUUCAAGAUCGAAGGUCUCAUGAACGGCAACAUCCUGGAGAUGGGCAUGGAGAUGGGCUUCGGCCCCUACAGCAGCCCUUCGAGGAGGAUUCCUUUGGUGAACAUCGCCCAUCAGUUCUCCCUGAUCCUCGCGGGCAUGCCCUUCGUCUCGAGUCGAAGCAAGCUCAAGGCCAUCGCCUCCCUCAACGACUUCUCCAGCAAGGACAUGGGCAAAACUCGUGGCCUGCCCAUGAAGCCGGGUUCCAUCAUUGCAUUGUACAGCCCCCACUGCCGGCGCUUUAUGAAAAUGAGCGGCGCAAGACUAGAGGUCACGACUGAAAUGAACGGCCACGGUGUCCCGGAUCAUUGGACUUGGGAACGCUUCACGGUCGUGGACGCCGGGAACGGGGAGAUCGCACUUCACAGUGCAAUUCACAACCGCUUCGUGGGCACUGGUGGGAUCAGCCCACAUCGAAAUGUCGGCGACUUGCCCCACGACUGGUCUUCAGAGCGCUUCACGGUCGUGGAGGUCGGAAAUGGCGAGAUGGCCUUCUACAACAGGCACCACAACAGGUUCCUGCAAAUGGCGGCCCACCACGUGGGACACAGUGGCCAUCCACCCAGCCCUCCAAAACUACCAUCCGGCUGGGGCUGGGAGCGCUUCCGUGUCGUGGCAGCGGAGCGGGUCUUGCUUCCUGGCACCACCAUCGCCCUGCACAGCCAGCUCCACAAUCGCUUCGCGAAGAUGCAGGGGGGGAGCAUGGAGCGAAGUCCCGAGAAAUCGGCAAUGGAGAUUCCCGAUUGGUGGAGCUGGGAACGGUUCACCGUAGUGGAUGCGGGACAUGGCCAGAUUGCCUUGCACAAUGCCGUCCACAAUCGCUUCGUAGGAGUGGGUGCAGCCAGUCCUCACAGGUUGGUGGAUCAGCUUCCGGCAGGCUGGGCCUCCGAGAAGUGGGAGGUCUGGCCAGCUGGGAACGGCCAAAUCGUCCUUUACAACAGACACCACAACCGGAUGCUUCGAAUGUCAGAUCACACGAUGGACGCCAGUGGCCACAUGGAUCCACAUCACUUGCCAGACGGAUGGACUUGGGAACGUUUCCAGGUGGUCCACGUGAAGCCAUAUCUUCAGCCCGGUACCACGGUGGCCCUUCGUUGUCCGCAUCACGGCCGCUACCUUCUCAUGUAUCCUGGCGCUCCACAGGCCCUUCUGCUGGAGAAGGAGAACCACACUCAGAGCCACACUCAGAACAGCACAUUCCCUUUCGGAGGACUCGGAGGACUCGGAGGAUUCGGAGGCAUGUUUGGCGGAGGUAUAUCUUCUUUCGAUCCCUUCGGAGAAAUCAAGAGGGCUGCAGAGGCAGAGGCUCGGAGGCAACAAGAAGAGGCCGAGGAAAGGGCCCGUCAACUCGCCCUCAGAGGCACCAUCGGCCGCAGCGCACCCCGGGGCGUUGAGAAUUUCCCAGAUUCCUGGACCUACGAGCGCUUCACGGUUAUUGAUGCCGGCAACGGGCAGGUGGCCUUCCACAACAGCCUCCACAACAGAUACCUGAAGAUGGACGGCCCCCGAGUGCUAGUCAGCUCCCCCAUGGCUCCCGAUGCUUACCCCUCCGGGUGGACUUGGGAACGCUUCACAGUGAUUCCUGCUGGUCACGGUCAGUUUGUGUUCCACAACUCUGCGCACAACCGCAUGGUCAGGAUGACGACUGACAAGGCAGACUCCAGUAGCCACAUGAACCCGCAGGACCUGCCAGGCGGUUGGACAUGGGAGCGUUUCCAGAUUGUGCCCGUAAGGCCUUACUUGCAACCCGGCACCGUGGUGGCUCUGCACUGUGGCAUACACAAUCGCUAUGUCUCCAUGAAUGGGGCUGAACUGCAGCGGAGUGAGGUGAGGAACCUCAACGACUUACCUUCCAAUUGGGUCUGGGAGCGAUUCACCGUGGUGGACGCCGGCAAUGGUCAAGUCGCCUUCCACAACGCUGCCCACAACCGCUUCAUUCAAAUGAGGGGUGCAGCGCUGGGAACCACUGGUCCCCGCGGUGCGUCUGAUUUCCAGAGCGGAUGGACAUGGGAGCGCUUCACGGUUGUGCCUGCCGAUCACGGCCAGUUUGUGUUCCACAACACCCAUCACAACCGCAUGAUUCGCAUGUCCUCCCACAACAUGGACAGCAGCAGCCACGUGGCGAUUCAGGACCUGCCAUCCGGUUGGACAUGGGAGCGCUUUCGCAUCGUACCGCUUUCCGAAUCCAGUGAGAGAGCAGCCAACAUCCGUGCGACCUUUGACUGA